GCAAGCGUGUCACUGCGAGCCAAUCAUCAUAAACGUUUUUUGAAGGAGGGCGUUUUCGGCACGCUUCGAGGUUUGAAGUUGAAGGCGCGAGCUAGCAGGGUUUUUGGAGACAAUCGCCUUCUGUGUAAAAGUUUAGUUUACAGUUAGGCGGUUUAACUGCAAAAGAACAGGAUAUAAUGGCAGCUCAGCAGACGCGUGAGGGGAUUACGCUGAAAGGCAGCUCCGAGAUCGUGGCUGAAUUUUUCUCCUAUGGAAUAAACAGCAUUUUGUACCAGCGUGGGAUUUAUCCACCAGAAACCUUUACGCGUGUUCAGAAAUAUGGGCUUACUCUCCUGGUCACUACAGAUCCAGAGCUGAAAAACUAUUUGAAUAAUGUUGUGGAGCAACUCAAAGAUUGGCUUUACAAAUGCCAAGUAGAGAAGUUGGUGGUGGUGAUCGCAAGUAUUGAUACUAAUGAAGUUCUUGAGAGGUGGCAGUUUGACAUAGAAUGUGAUAAAACAGUCAAGGAUGACAAUGUUGUUCGUGAAAAAUCACAAAAGGCUAUCCAAGAUGAAAUAAGAUCAGUUAUCCGCCAGAUCACUGCAACAGUAACUUUCCUUCCUUUGCUGGAAACUGCUUGUGCCUUUGACUUGCUAAUCUAUACAGACAAAGAUUUGGAAGUACCAGAGAAGUGGGAGGAAUCUGGACCUCAGUUUGUCUCCAACUCUGAAGAAGUCCGUCUUCGUUCUUUCACUACUACUAUUCACAAAGUAAACAGUAUGGUGGCAUAUAAAAAAAUUGAUUCUUAUUAAUGUCUAGUAUUUACUGCUUUACAGUAAGCUGCUAUUUUUGGAGCUAUGGGGUUUGAAUUACAGUGCUAUAUUUUUAUAUACAGUUCAACUAACUUUUAUGUGACUUUUAUGAUGCCCCCAUACUUUUGAGAUGUCUGUCACAAUUUGAUCUGUUACUCCAGUAACAUUUUUAAAAAAAAGUACAUAAAAAAUGCAUAAUUACUUCUUGUAUUUUCUUUUCUACAGAGCCAUAUCUCAAUAGUUGUUCAUAGUGUAAAAUUUGAUGAGAAAAGUUCUAUAAAUAGAUCAAAGUAUCUUUUUAAUGUGUACAUUUUGUAAUGUUUUCCCUUCUAAAGCCUAUCUUCUAUUUGUACAUUUAUUUUGCUAUAUAUGUGUCUUUCUGUUCUUGUAAAAUAGCCUUUGUCUUAAGUAUUGUGUAAAGUUCAAUAAAGAUAAACACACA